UCCGAGGCCGUUAACGGCGGCGCGGCGGGGCCGCGGCUCCAAAACAAAGGGCUGGCGGCCCGCGGGGCGGCGGCGGGAGGAUGCCUCGCGCCCUGCGGAGGUGCCAACGGCCGCAGCGCGUCCCGGGCCGCUCCGGGGCCGCCUGAGGACCGAGCCCGCGCUGACCGGGGCCCGGGCCGGAUGGGCACUGCGGGCCGGGGCGCGGACCGCCGAGCGGCCGUUGUGACAUUUUUCUCUCGCCCCAGCUGUGUGGACAGUGCCACACGCCCUCUGAACAACAACGGCUCUUGCGAGCAUCUUCCAGUGUUUCCUCUGUCAGAGAGCCCAGCAGAGCCGCCCUUGCAGGGCCAGCCCUGAGCUGAGCGCGCAGUGCCCCGCAGAGAUGGUGAAGAUGACAAAGUCCAAAACUUUCCAAGCUUAUCUGCCAAACUGUCACCGAACGUACAGCUGUGUCCACUGCAGAGCCCACCUGGCCAAUCACGACGAGCUGAUUUCCAAGUCCUUUCAGGGGAGUCAGGGACGCGCCUACCUCUUCAAUUCUGUGGUGAACGUGGGCUGUGGCCCCGCAGAGGAGAGAGUCCUCCUCACAGGCCUGCAUGCUGUUGCAGACAUCUACUGUGAGAACUGCAAAACCACGCUCGGGUGGAAAUAUGAACAUGCCUUUGAGAGCAGUCAGAAAUAUAAGGAAGGAAAAUUUAUUAUUGAGCUUGCCCACAUGAUCAAAGACAAUGGUUGGGAGUAAAGUGAAGACCUCCUGUUCUCUUUUGAAUACUGUUUUGUGAAAGAGACUUUAAUGUAAUGGAAACAUAGAAGCAUCCUGGAUGGCAAUAUUUCUUGAACUUGAACCUGGCAAGCCAGCCUCUUCCGGCCGUUCCCUUGGGUAAGGCUCCAUCCAGUCCAUGUCCCCUUCAUGUACAUGGUGGUUUCUGAAAUAUUUCAGUGACCUUUUUCUAAUGUCUCAAGUUCUAGAGAAGGAAUUAACCAACUGAUGACUUAUCUGUUUAGUUAAUACCUUCUUCAACCUCUGCCUUUAAGAUGAAGUUUGGCUCUUUCAUGUGUGACAGAAACUAGCUGAAUCUCCACAGACCACAGGGACAGGGUCUGUUGAGAGAGCAGGUUCACCCCUGUCAUUUAGAAUGGAAGUUUAUAGCCCACUUUUUCCUAAUUCGAAAAAUUACAGAUUGAUUGUUUCUCUUGCAAAUGAGCUGUUAAGUCAUAGUGCUCAUUUCAGAACCUUCCAGAAGCAGUCAACAAAUCUCUACACCAAGUGUGUUGUUUUUAGUCUUGUUCAAAAACAGAAGACACUAUUGAUGACAUUUCAGAUAAGCUAUAGAGAAAUGUAUGUAAUGGAACAUCUUGUUUAUUUAAGCCAAUAGCUUUCUUACCUAGAAAGCAAGUGAACUAAUCGUUAGCAGAGACAGUUCCGGGGGCCUGCGGGUGCAGCGGUGCGGAGGGCCACAGUCCUGACGCUGGGCUCUGGAGGUGGGGCUACGUGAGUCAGGCACUGAGUGGCUGGUCCAUGGAAUAAUAGUUUAACACACUGGACCGAGUAAAUCGGAUUUCCUUUUCUACUCUGGUGUACUUGAAGAAAAAUAAUUAUUUUUGCAUAUGAGAGGCCAGAACGAACAGGAUCAACUUUCAAACUUGUGAUUUGAUAGGUUGUUUUCAGAAAAGGUUAAAGUUGCAAGACAGGUUUCAACUUUGUAAAUGAGAUGUUUGGUUUGCUGUCCGGGUCACCCUGCUUUGCCUGGUUCUGUCCCAGGGACUGACGCAGAAGGGGCUUGAGCAGCCUCCUACGUCCUGAGUUUCUAUCCACCUAUGCGUCUGCAGGGAGUGGGCA